AUGAAGGCAUUCUUAACCUUUGGAUGGCAGCCUUCGUUUCAAAGUAUCAAGAAGUCGGUUGACUACCUAUGUGACCGUAGGACCAUUUUCGAAGGAGUCCAAAAGAUCCUGCCCGGUCAUUACCUUACUUACACAUCUUUCAAUAGCAUUUCACAACAUAAGUCCUGGGAUGUAGAUUACACAGACAAAGUGCAAGGCACAAUAAUUCCUACAUUAGAGGCGAAUAUUCCCUUGCGUCAUUGUGGUAGCAAAUAG